GAGGGGAGUUUUCAAUUUCCUAGAAGCAGAAGCUCAUGGAAGUUCUUGACUCUAAAGAGAAAUCAUUAUUAGAGGAAAGAUAAGAAUCGAAAAAAGAGAGAUGUCUUCGAUAUCUGCGCAAGGAGUUGUCGAGAGAGCGAGUGCUGAGCUCACCAAGAGGAUCAACGGAUUGGGGCUGCGGGCUUCGAAACAUCAUGGUGGUGGAAAAACGAGUGUCAUGGAAAGGGUGACGAAUGUAUUUUGCGGGGGAGGGGCAGUGGCUUACACAAAUCUGCAAAGUGCAAAUAAUGCAAACACGACGCCAGAAAAGCCGAGCAGAAGUGUUCCAGUGGCCGUGAACAGUACAAGCAAUAUGGGAAAUAAUAAAGCUUUAAGUAACAAUCGUAUUGAGUCGGCUUCGAAUCGAACGAGAGUUUCGAGAAACCGGGCCAAAAAUGUUCCACUAGCGGGCGGUGGUACAGGUGGAUACAUGCCACCUUGUACUUGGGAACAACUUAUGCAAGACGACCAUUUUUUGAGUCGAUUUUUCCUCUACUUUAAUGCCUCUGAAAGAAAAGUGUUAGCUCAGGUUUGCACACGAUGGAGGGACGUUUUGUACGCGAGACCAAGACUUUGGGCCGGAUUGGUGCCCGUCGUAAGGUGUCGGGAAGCUCGGGCAAUGGCAUCAAGUUCGCGUGCCCGACUUUAUGCAUCUUUAGUCAGGAGAGGUUUCCACUCGCUCGUUUUAUUAGGAGCCUCUGACGAGGACAUUCCAGAAUUAACGCACGGUUUUCCAUUAGCACAAAGACACAUACACUCGUUAUCCUUGCGCUGUUGCGCAGUCACUGACAGGGGUUUAGAAGCCCUUCUCGAUCAUCUUCAGGCCUUGUUCGAGUUAGAACUGGCCGGAUGCAACGAGAUAACGGAAGCUGGACUCUGGGCUUGCCUUACGCCCAGGAUAGUUUCGCUAUCUUUAUCGGACUGCAUUAAUGUUGCCGAUGAGGCUGUUGGAGCUGUGGCUCAACUUUUACCAAGCCUCUAUGAAUUUUCCCUUCAGGCUUAUCACGUCACGGAUGCUGCCCUCGGAUAUUUCAGCGCCAAGCAAAGCACAUCCCUCAAUAUUUUGAGGCUCCAGAGUUGCUGGGAGCUGACCAAUCAUGGCGUUGUCAAUAUCGUGCAUUCGCUGCCGAAUUUAACAGUUCUUUCGCUUUCGGGAUGCAGUAAAGUGACCGAUGAUGGGGUAGAAUUGAUUGCAGAAAACUUGCCAAGACUCCGUUCGCUAGAUUUGAGUUGGUGUUCGAGAAUCACCGAUGCGGCUCUAGAGUACAUCGCCUGUGACUUGAAUCAAUUGGAAGAGCUUACCCUGGACAGGUGUGUUCACAUUACGGAUAUUGGCGUGGGAUAUAUUUCGACAAUGGGUUCGUUGAGCGCUUUGUUUCUGAGGUGGUGUUCACAACUCAGAGAUUUUGGACUUCAGCAUUUGUGUGGAAUGCGAUCUCUUCAAGUUUUGUCGGUGGCUGGUUGUCCAUUGCUAACCAGUAGUGGUCUCUCGAGUCUAAUUCAGCUGAGGCAUCUCCACGAAUUAGAGCUAACCAACUGUCCAGGCACAUCAAGGGAACUCUUCGACUAUUUACGAGAACACUUACCGCGUUGUCUGAUAAUCGAGUGAGCUGGACUCGAACCGAGAAUAACUUCGAGACUGCGUUUCUCUCAAGUCAAGGGUGGGUCAUUUAAUUUCUCUUCUGAAAAGAGAAUUAACAAGACAUGACUCGACUCAUCUAGUCAGGAACAGUAUAAAAAGUACAAGAGCAUCCAAGCUUCGAGACAAUUUUACCACAUAGCAAUUAGGGAAUUAAACGACUUGCCGUGCCGCGAUUGAGGAUAACGUCCUCACGAAAAUUCAACCGAAACCAAAUAUUCAUUAGAAGGCAGAGUCUAGCUUUUGACAGUAUAAAUUUAUUAUUAUUAUUAUUAUAAAAUAACACGGUUUCAAAGAUA